UCACCUGCAGACAUCCCCUCCGCUGAGCCCAGCACGAUGACGACCAUCACGAGGUUCCUGAGCCUGGCGGCGCUGCUGGUGGCGGGGGCGAGCGGAGACACGAUCAUGACGAUCCUGCUGGAGGGUACCCAGUACUACGUCAGCUCCAUGAACCCCUACCAGUCGGAGCUGAACUACUUCCUGGCGUACCAGCACUGCCGCUCGCUGGGGCUGCAGCUCGCGUCCUUCCAGACCAAGGACAAGGCCGAGACCAUCAUGCAGUACCUGCAGAGUGAAGGGUACGACAAGGACUUCUGGACCUCGGGCAACAAGCUGGGCAAGAACAUGGCGAUCUGGAUGAGCACGGGCCAACCGUUCAACGCCACGUUCAGCUUCAUGCGGACUACGGCGGAGCCCGGGCUCAACCUGGUGAACCACUACAGCGACGCGAGCAACACCACCACCGGUACCUCAGGCCGGAGGAUCAGGAUGAGCAGUGACCACGGACACGACCUCGACUCGGGCUGCGUGGCGCUGAUGGCCCCGACCUUCCAGUGGGACCUGGACGACUGCCGCGUCCCCAAGCACUACAUCUGCGAGCAGAGCCGCUGCUACUACUACAACUACGCAUCUAUUCCUGUCAGCGUGACCAAGGGAGGCAACGAGACGGAGAACAGCAUAACCCCGCUCCCGGCCCCCACGCUCCUGCCCGGCCUCGGCGCGCCCAACGCCAGCAGCGGCGACGCCCAGCCGGCCGCCACGGCGCCCCCGCCGCUGCCCGACUACAGCGAGAACCUGGCCGCCCGCCGGUUUCCCUUCCCCAGCUCCAGCGGCGUGGUGUACGUGACGGCGGUCGGCGCCGGCGACGAGGCCUACGCCUCCACCGUGCCCGACGAGUGGGACGCCGCCACCGACAAGAACCAGUGAAUCGACCGCCAACGAAAAAACUCCCGACGACGACGACCUUGAUGACAGUGCGAGCCCCAAACGCUCGCAAAGACUGACUUCUCACAGGUGGCUCAGCCGAACGUUGUUCCGCUCCCGACCAAGCUUUCUUUAAGACUGUAAACUGCUACUGAAUGGGUGGUUUAGAACUGUACAUCCAGCUGCGUGGAAGCUAUUCUCAAAACUGCCUUUCAGUGCUCAAGAAGUUAAAAUUAAUAAAACAAAAAAUAAAAAAUAAUUUCUUGAGCAUUGGACUGUGGUUUAAUCUUUUUAGGGAAAAUUUGAUUUUUUUGAUACAAUUAAAUGUUCUGUGCAUGUAGAACAUUAACUUGUAGUGUCAGUAGAAAUGAAAUAAACUAAAAUUAAUCGAG